AUGGAUACUUCUGAAAAUACCCACAUUGAGCAACCUGUUGAACAAGCACAACAACAACAACAACAACAACAACCUGAGCAAGUUCCUCAGGUGGACUCUCCAGCUGAUUCUCCAGCAAGGUCAGCACAAGCCAGUGGCAGGUUACAAAAUGCCAAAGAAAGGCAAAACAGACAGAAAUAUGAGCAAUCUGAAUAUGUUCCCAUGUUAGAUGACCAAGGCAACCCCAUACCCAAAUCAGAACGGAAACCGAAACGUAAAUGUGCCGUCAUGAUAGGGUACUGCGGAACCGGUUACAACGGGCUCCAAAUCCAGAAUGAGCCUGGUGUCAAGACGAUUGAAAAGGAUUUAUACGAGGCAUUCUAUAAAGCUGGGGCAAUUACAUUGGAAAAUUCGCUUGAUUUGAAGAAAUCGGGGUUCCAAAGAACAGCAAGGACAGACAAGGGAGUUCACGCUGCUGGUAAUGUCGUGUCUUUGAAGUUGAUUAUUGAGGAUCCCGAUUUGAAGCAAAAGAUUAACGACAAUUUACCCGAUCAAAUUAGAUGUUGGGGCAUCCAACGGACUACAAAGGGGUUUGAUUGUCGCAAAAUGUGCUCGUCGAGAGUUUAUGAGUACUUGUUGCCGACUUAUUCGUUGAUUAGUCCCAAACCGGGUACGCAAUUGGAUGGAUUGAUCAAGGACAACAAGGCGAAAUAUCCGAACUUGUUUGUUGAUGAUGGUGGUGAGGGUGCUAAUUUUUGGCAGUUGAUGAAGGAUAAGGUUAGUGAAGCAGGUAUUACUCAAGAACAGUUGGAUGCCAUUGCUCAAAUGAAUGAACAAGAAGGUAAAUCUAACAGUACACCUGCAGCUGAAGCCAAGGAAGAGCUUGCGACUGUUGAUGAGGCUGCUACAACUACCGUGGAUGAAGAAGUGAGUGGUUCACAAGAACAGACGCCACUUUUCCGCAUUGCUAAACAAGUGAAGCAAAUUGAAAAUGCUACACGUCGUGCCUAUCGAAUCUCUCCUGCUCGUCUUGAUCGGUUUAGAUCAACCAUGCAACAAUACAAGGGCACUCACAAUUUCCACAACUUUACCAUUGGCAAAUCAUUCAAAGACACCUCAUCAAAGCGAUACAUUAUCGACACCUCGGUGCUGGACCCCUUCGUCAUCAACAACACCGAGUGGGUCUCGAUCAAGAUCCACGGCCAAUCAUUCAUGUUGCACCAAAUCCGGAAAAUGAUCUGCAUGGCCUCGUUAGUCAUUCGUUGUGAUUUGCCAGUGGGGUUAAUUGACGAUGCAUUCCAGUCGACCAAAAUCAAUAUUCCUAAAGCUCCGGCAUUGGGAUUAUUGUUGGAAAAUCCCGUUUUCGAUGCUUAUAAUUACAAGUUGCGUGAUCAUUCCUAUGAUGCGAUAAAUUUUGAUUUGUUUAAACAAGAAAUGGCUGAUUUUAAAAUGAAGUUUAUUUAUGACAAGAUUUAUGAUGAAGAAGUUAAAGAAAAUGUUUAUUAUGGGUUUUUUGGAUAUAUUGAUAGCUAUCGAGUUCCUGGUGCUGAUAAUGAUGUUGAUGAAGAAAAUGGUGUCAAGAGUAGCAGUGGCGGAGGUGGCAAAGGGUCUUCUUCUUCUUCUUCUGUUACCAUAUUUGAUUUCUUGCAUAAUUAUAUUGAUAAAGCAGCUAAAGCUGAAGCAAAUGAAGAAGGUCAAAAUUAA